GCGGCUGAUCUUACAUAAGGAAUUAGUCUCGUAGAAGUCAUCGAAGCGAGAGCCGCGCGUGAAAGCUGAACACGCGCGAACGAUUAUGUCACAACUAAUUUGCGAAUCACAUGACGAUGUGCACGAAGCUAAUAAUGGUGUAAAUAUGGAGAGUGUCAAGAGAAGUAUCACCAGUUUGACCAAUAAACCAGAAGGACACGUUCUGGUACUUUACACAGGUGGCACGAUAGGAAUGAUGAGAAAUGAGGAAGGAGUACUAGUACCGAUAGCUAAUGCAUUCGUUAAGAAUUUACGGAAAUAUCCUCAGCUGUACGAUCGUGAAUAUGCCGAGAAGAAAUUCGGUGCGAUGGGGCCAUUAGUCCUACCCGUGACCGCAACCGACAAUCGCCGGGUCGUUUAUAACGUGUUAGAAUAUUCUAAUCUUUGCGACUCAAGUAACAUGACCAUGGACGAAUGGAUUCGCAUUGCUAACGAUAUCAAGGAAUCCUACGAGCACUUCGACGGAUUCGUGGUUCUUCAUGGUACCGAUACACUAAGUUAUACAGCAUCCGCUCUGUCCUUCAUGCUCGAGGCUUUAGGCAAGAUUGUCAUCUUGACCGGUUCACAGGUGCCAAUUUUCGACACGAGAAGCGACGGCCUGGACAAUUUCCUGGCAUCUCUUGUGAUCGCGGCGAAUUACAACAUACCCGAAGUAUGCGUGUUCUUCGGUACGAACUUAUUACGUGGCAAUCGAACAAGCAAGGCAUCCGCAAGCUCCUUUGAGGCUUUCUACUCGCCAAAUUUUUCUCCCCUAGCUACAGCAAACAUCAAAAUCGAAGUGGACUAUCGCUUGGUUUUCCACUCGUGCACUUUGGAGAAGUUUUACGUGCACGCGUCGCUCAAUCGAAAUGUAGGCCUGCUCCGACUGUUCCCCAGCAUCACGUCCGAUCUUGUAAAGGUGUUUCUUCAGCCGCCUAUCGAAGGAGUCGUGCUACAAUCCUACGGCGCGGGGAACGUCCCGACGAAUCGUGACGAUAUCAUUGAGGAACUUCGCGCGGCGACGAAGCGCGGUGUAAUCAUCGUAAAUAUCACGCAAUGCACAACCGGAUGCGUCUCGAAUGCGUAUGAAGCUGGAAAGCUGCUUCAAGAAAGCGGAGUGAUAUCGGGAUUCGACAUGACUCCGGAGGCCGCAUUGACGAAACUCGCAUACGUCUUAUCUAAACGCGAAUGGGACACGGAAACAAAGCGGCAAAUGAUGGAAACCAAUUUGCGGGGCGAAUUGACAGCCGGUCGACCGCCCACGAUGCAGGAUUGGGAUUUGGUGGAGGCUGUCGCUAGAUCCUUGAGAUUGUCCUCGGCAGCAGAGCUACAAGAACUGGGAUCGAUCCUGUUCCCGGCUAUGCUAAACGCCGCGGUGAUCAGGCGCGACAUCGUGAAACUCGAAUCGUUACAAAGAUAUGGUGCAAAUAUCUCACAAACAAACGCAGAUGGCCGAACAGCUUUGCACAUAGCUUGCUGCGAGGGAGAUAUAAAAGUCGUGCGACGUCUUUUAAAAAUGGGCGCAAACGUUCACAUUAAAGAUCGGUUUAAUCGCACGUCUCUCACCGAUGCGAUUGAAUACGAUCGUCACGAGAUUAUCAAGGUGCUGCUGCAGUGCGGCGCGCAUCUUCAUGGGAAUGCUCUGCUGAUAGGAGAGCGGAUGUGCGCGGCCGCGGCCGCCGGGAACACGAAGCGCUUGCAAUCGUACCUGCUAGCCGGCGCCGAUCUGUCGCAGAAGGAUGUUUCGGGACGCACCCCGCUUCACUUUGCCGCUCUUCACAAUCACACGGAGACGAUCGAGUUCCUACUGGACCACGGCGCGGAUCCAUGCUGCGUCGACAUGAUGGGACAAACCGCGACGGACCUUGCGAAAGUCGCGCGAGCUAUGGAUGCAACACGCCUGUUGGCGCCUUUCAGAAUGAUCGAGGCAAAAUCGCAUACGUAGAUGCAAGAUUUUAAUUUUUUCAUCUGACAUAUAUUGAGUCGAGAGGGAAAAGGAGCUGGAAAGGAUUGUAAUCCUAGAAAAAUUACGAAUUCUGCCUAAAAGUCUGUGCUAAUCGCGACUUGCUCUAUUCCUUCUUUUUACAAAAUUUAAUUAUUUAUAUUUUAAUUAUAAAAUUUACAUUAGAUGGAGAAAGAAAAUGUGUAAUUACAAAUCUAAGAUAGAUGCAAUUAGGUCUUAAAGACUGAAAAAUACAUCAUAGGAUUUUUUGGACAGGAACAUAUUUAAAUAUAUGUGCAUUUAAAUAUUUUUAAAUAUAUAAUUCUAAGAAAUAAUACAAUUGCAUAGUUUUCAGUUUGUUGGAUAACAGACUUACACUUGUAUAUGCGGUUGAAUUGUAUAUUACAAUGUGUAUUAUUAUGAUAUAUUUUAUGAUAAACAUCAAAUUUGAAUGUAUAUAUAUUUUUUCAGGUGAAUAUAGACAGGAGCAAAUAAUAGUUAUUUGUAUAAUUUUAUAUUUUAAAACAGUUAUAUAUUAAUAAUAGUAAUAAUCCUGUGAUAAUUAAAAAACUGAUAAUUGCUGUGAUUAUUUUAA